GCGCAGCGGAAGGGGAGAGGGUCGCGCCGGCCGGGGGCAGUGUAUAUGUCCGUGGCUGCCGCUGCCGGCGCGGGACGCUGCGCCCUGGCUUUCCUCACCGCGAGUAGGACCCCGGAGCGAGCCCCGCCCGACCCCCGAACCUCCAGCCAUGGCUUCUCUGCUUGCGAAGGAUGCCUACCUGCAGAGUCUGGCCAAGAAGAUCUGCUCCCAGCCCAGCCCCGAGCCACAGAAGCGCAAGUCGGCUGGCAAAACUCAAGUCUCAGAAGCUGCUGGGCCCCCCAAAAAGAAGAGGAAGAGAGCACAGAAGAAAUCCCGGGAGCGGGAGGAGAAGGCUGCAGAACCCAAGGCCCAGGCCCCUGUGGAGAAGUCUCAAGCCAGGACACCAGUGGCAGCCAAGGAGAAAGAGGAUGAGGCCCGCAGCUCGACCGGGGCCCCUGCGGAUGGCCUGGUCAGUGAGCCUGGCUCGCUGUUUGCCUUGGACGUUCUGCGGCAGCGCCUGCAUGAGAAGAUCCGGGAGGCACGGGGCCAGGGCAGCGCCAAGGAGUUGUCUCCAGCUGCUUUGGAGAAAAGACGCCGGAGGAAGCAGGAGCGCGACCGGAAGAAGAGGAAGCGGAGGGAACUGAGAGCAAAGGAGAAGGCGGCCGAGGCCCUCGAGGGGGUGGAGGCUGCCGAGCCGCCGCCCGAGGCGCCCCACGAGGAGGCGCAGGCCCAGUCGGGGCUGCUCUUCAACAAGGUGGAGGUGAGCGAGGAGGAGCCGGGCAGCAAGGCCCAGCGUAGGAAGGAGAAGAGGCAGAAGCUGAAGGGGAACCUGACGCCGCUGACGGGCAGGAACUACCGGCAGCUACUGGAGCGCCUGCAGGCGCGGCAGGCCCGGCUGGAGGAGCUGCGGGACCAGGACGCGGGCCAGGCCCGGGAGCUCGAGGCCAGGAUGCAGUGGACCAACCUGCUGUACAAGGCCGAGGGCGUGAAGAUCCGCGACGACGAGCACCUGCUGCAGGAGGCCCUGAAGCGCAAGGAGAAGCGGCGGGCGCAGCGGCAGCGCGCAUGGGAGAAGCGCACGGCGCACGUGCUGGGGAAGAUGCAGCAGCGGCAGGACAGGCGGCGGCAGAACCUGCGCAAGAAGAAGGCGGCCAGGGCCGAGCGGCGCCUGGAGAAGGCUCGCAAGAAGGGCCGCAUCCUGCCCCAGGACCUGGAGCGGGCCGGCCUGGUCUGAGGGCCUGGAUGCCCGGCGCCAACCCGGGAGGCCGCAGGCUCCGGGUCCCAGCGGAGAGCGGACGCCGCCGCGUGCUUGAGAGCCUUUGGAUCCAGGGCAGGGGUGACCCAAAUCCAGGCUCUAGGCUCCUCUUGUGAGGCCGGAACGCUCCCUGAGAGUUGCGGGGUGGGGGGCGAGGGAGCAGCGAGGAGGGAGGGGGCGUCUUGAGGGGGGGCUUCCCUGGCGCCCUCUUCCUCCCCCAUGUUCACAGGAGCGGGAACUGCUGUGUCUGCCCCAAACUCACUUGGAAAAGGACAAAAACCAGCCAGCUCCUGUAGCCUGCGUUGGAGUGAAGUUGACGGGCUCGGUAACUGGGAGACGGCGGGGCCGUCCUCAGGCUGCCUGGAAUUGAGUUAUUCGAAGUUAAUUUCUAAGGUGGGUGAAACAGAAUUUAAGGUAGACAUGCACAUUAAAGAUCCUAAGGUAACCAGUAAAAGGUAGAAACAGUGAACUAGCAGGAAGAACAGCGGAGUGGGGUGGACGGUUAUCGAUCUAGGAGGCGGCAGGAGAGAAAGAGUAAAACCUAGAACCGAGCGAGGCCAAUGGAGGGUGCACAGUCGGGCACAGUUAAGUCCAAGCCCGCAGGCAGCCGGGAUGAAUGCACGGGACAAAACUCAAUGAAUCUUAUGGUAUGUGGAUUAUGUUUCAGUAAAACUGUUAAUAAAAUUCUUUUGACUAAACUCCAGUUAAGAAACAGAUGGUAACCAAAAGGAAGCUGGUGUGGCUGUAUCAUAAGAUGAAGAUUUGAAAGUAAAAGGCACUAGUAGAGAGAAAAGAAAGUCGCCACGUAAUGAAAGGGGUGCAGGUCACCUGGAAGGUAGAACAGUCCUGCACCAGGAGCAGCUUCAAAUCUGUCUAGCAGAACCUGACCCGCUACAAGGAGAAAUCAAUUCACAAACCGAAAUGGGAGAUUUUUAACAUCUCCGUUAGGAAUUGAUACACCAAGCAGACAAAAUCAGAUGCAUAGGGAAGGUUUCAACGAGAGCAUUUGUAAGCUUGAGCUGAUGGACACACAGAAUAGUGCAGCUAAAAACAGUGUGUACCGGGACUUCCCUGGUAGCCCGGUGGUUAGGACUCUGCUUCCAAUGCAGGGGGUGCGGGUUUGAUCCCUGGUCAGGGAACUAAGAUCCCAUGUGGCACGGGAUGCAGCAAAAAAUUAAAAACAAAACAAAACAGUAUGUACCUCAAGCACACGUGGAACAGUGGUGAAAACUGACCACCUCCUAGUCCAUAAAGCAAGUCAUAUUUCAAAGCGUCAGCAUCGUAUCUGGCCGUGGAACAAUUUAAAAACUUCAGAGGUAAUUGUUAAAGGUUCCUGUUUGGAAGUUUAAAAACACACUUCUAUGUGAGUCAAAGAGUAAUCCCUAGUGGAUGUUAGAGAAAGUUUAGGACUGAAAGGUAAUGAAAGUGCUGUGCAUUAAAAUCUGUGGGCCACAGCUAAGGCAGUGUCAAAAGCACUUUGUAGCCUUAAAAGUGUGCUUAUGUGUAUCUGUUCUUGGUUAUACAUCUUAGGAAGUGAUUGCAUCAUGCAGCACAAUUUCCUGCCAUCUUGCUUGACCUAGCACCUCAUUCCAGGGUCCUGUUGUCCCACUCUCUGCACCCAGCAGUUGCUCCCGAAUUAUUGUCCGUAUGUUGCAGUCAGAGUUGGGAGAGUAUAAACCCCCUGUGGAAAUCGCAGGAGCAUCUCAAAAGGCCUGGUGGGCGUAUCAUCGGGUGCUCCCCCUGAAGCCUGGAAGUCCAGGAAGCUCGUCCCUCCGACCUGGAGUGCUGCUGUGUCCCCAGCUUCAUGUAGCUGGUGUGCAGGGUGAGCAGGUGGUGCAUUUUGGUGGCAGGUGGCAUCAGGAGCACCCCAUUUCUAGAAGCAGCACUGGACAAUAGGAGAUACAGCGCAGAAAGGGUGAGGAAAUACAGGGAAUUCUUCACCUGGUGGGAGACAGAGCCUGUAUCCAAGUGGAAACACUGAAAAUGCUCCAGCCUCCCUGGGCUUGGCCACUCGUGUCCCUCCCUGGCCCAGGGCUGGGAGCUGAUGCACAGAAGCAAGGACAUGCUGCACAUGAUUUUGGUGGCAACCGAAGCGUCUCACGGCCAGAGGCAAUAGUGGACGAUGGAAUAUGGACAACAGGGAAGAAGAGGUUAAGAACAUUACAGAAUGAGUCUAGGAGGCCCGAUGCACGCCUCUUGGGUGUUGUGCGCCUCAGGCGCAGAAGAUGAAAUGCAGAGUCAUGGGAGAAAACUUCCAAGGGCAUAAUGUCAGAUAUUUUGAGAGCCAAAUGGCAAGAGUCCCCAAGUCAGAAGGUCCCUCCUCCUUCACUCAGCAGGGUGAGUCAGCUGGAAAUAGCUGUAACCAGGACACGUGCUCAGGAGCCAUGGUUCACCAGGAACUGGGGUUCCAACAGUCCUGCAAGGCCAGGGUAGUUUUGUGCCACUGGCCCCUUUGGGUGAGGCCGGGAAGUAGGCUCCCAGUCAACCUUUCCUUCUACUUAGGGGCUCCAGAAGUUGAACACAUGGUUAGAAAUUCAGUGAGGAGCAGCAUGCAACUGAGUAGCUCAAGUGAAGCUUCUGUUCACCAGACCUGCAUCGGGGUGCAGAGGGCAGAGAGAGAGCUGUCUCCAGACCCCCCGUGGGUUGGCGCACCCAGUUCAUUGCACUAGCCUGACAACUGUGGGAACCUCGCGUACAUGGCCUGUGGAAGUAAGGUGUUCCCUGCCGCCCUCGGGUUCCAGGAUCUGCGCUGGCCCAAGAGCAUGGUUCUACCCCUGCAUGGUUCUACCCCUGCACCUCCCGUGGCAUUCCAUCCAGCCUUCAGGGAAGGGCCACCGUGGUGCUUCUCUACUCUGUUCACAGUGCUUUUCUAGUACCUCCGCAAAGGAUUGAGUCUUCUGUACCCUCCCCAGACCACCUGUUGGGUGGAUGAGCAGGUAACAUUGUUAAGACCUUCCAACAAGCCUGCCUCGCUCCUGGCAGAGAGUAGCCUAGAGGAAAGAGUUCUUACCUCUGUGUCGUUCCAAGGGAUUUCUGGAAGGUUCACUUACCUCAGCAUGGGCCACUGUGGGUUCCAGGUUUUGGUCAAGCAACAAAGGAAAUGAUCGGAUCCUUUCCAGUUCCCUAGGUAGCUCACUCUGAGUCCUGCUUAUGGGUGGAGCCCCCUCUGGAACUGCACCCCGCCUUUCUUGGCCAAGCACUUCUAGAAUCAGCUCCCACAUACUUCCCUGGUUUUUGUCCAAUGUAAAGCAGCAGAUACUUGUUCAUUUAGUCAAAGCUGCUUCUGAAUUGGACUUUGUAACUGGCCACUUUGGACCUGCUGAGAUCCGACUGUCCUUAGCAGUCUAGAGACAAGGUGAGAUGGGAGUGAGUUUGAGGAGACUGGCUUCUCCUUGGAGGUAACUUCCUCCGAUAAGAGUCUUCAAGCAAGGCACAGCCUUAUCAGCCAAGGAAGGAGGGACUGAGUUCUCAAAGUGAGCCUUGGCGAGGUUGGGUAUUCAGGGUACCUGAGGCAUCCAACGUUGCCUAAAUAUCCCCAUUUCAAUUCUGAGGACUGAUCAGUGCUCCAGCUUUUCCACGAGAGAUCCGGUAAGGUUGUGCAUUCGCCUGUUGCUGGGAUUUGCUGAUGGGCUAGCUAAGACUUGGGUGUUCAGGUAACUCAAUCUUGCAGCUGAAAACCAGAUGAGAGGUUUUUCUACAGAGUAAUAGGAAGUCCCUGAUUCUCAGUCCAUGUUGACUUUGAGGACUUUGAGCCUAUCCCUGUCUUUCUGUUGACUACCAAGCACUGUUAAACGAGCAGCCCCACCCUGCAGUCCUGGAGUUUCUCAAGCCUUUCUCAUUUCUCAAGGUGGUGUUCAGCUAGUCUCUCAAAGUCUUGCCUUCAAAAGAUAUUUGUCUCAGGUGACCACAUCUCCAGAUAAGUUGUUUUGCAGCUGUGUGCCAAUAUAUCCAGGGUCCCAUCCCCUGGUACUAACCAAAUUUCUACUACCCUCAGCUAAACUCCAGCCAGAUAAAUCCCAGGUUUUCCCUAAGUCACUCAUGAGAGGUCAUGUUAUGUUGCAUUAAGAAAAGUACUUUUUAACAAAUAAGACCAGUAGUUUAAAGUCAGACUGAUCACUGGAUAUGUCUUAGCAACUAGGAAUAGAGAAAAACUUCCUCAACUGGAUAAAUAACAUUUACCCCAAACGUACAGAUACCAUCAUACUUAACAGCGAAAAACUCAGAAGUUUCCUGCUAAGAUCAGGAACAAGGCAAGAAUGUCCCUUCUCAUCACUGCUUUUCAGUGUCAUAAUAGCGAAGUCCUAGCACGUGCGACAGGACAAGAAAAAGAAAAUGCAGAUUGGGAAGGAAGAAAUCAAACUGUCUUUGCAAAUGACAUGAUCGUCUAUGUAAACGUCCAGAAGAAUUGACAGAAAAACCUGAAACAUGAUUGUAUCAAGGUUGCAGGAUACAAUGUAAAUAUUGUAAAAAAAACAAAUUGCUUUCUUAUCUAACAAGUGUUCCUAUGAACAAGUGGACUUUGAAACUAAAAAUACAUUACCAUUGGGACUUCCCUGGCUGUCCAGUGGUUAAGACUGUGCUUCCACAGCAGGGAGCAUGGUUUCGAUCCCUGGUUGGGGAACUAAGAUUCCCACAUGCCACACGGCCAACAAAGCAAAACAAACAAAAAAGUACAUUGCCAUUUACACUGUGAAAAUUAACAGUUUCCCAGUGCAUGUAAAAGUUAUGUUUACACUAUACUGUAGUCAAUUAUUAAAUGUGCAACAGCAUUAUGUCUAAAAAAAUGUACAGCCUUAAUUUAAAAAUAUUGCUAAAAAAUGCUAACCAUCAUCUGAGCCUUCAGCUAGCUGUAGUAAAAUCAAAGAUCACUGAUCACAAACCGUAACAAAUGUCACAGUGAACAUUUUUUAAAUACUGUGAGAACUACCAAAAUGUGACACAGAGACAUGAAGCAAGCAAAUGCUGUUGGCGAAAUGGUGCCAAUAGACGUGCUUGAUGCAGGGUUGCCACCAACCUUCAAUUUGUAAAAAAUGCAGUAUCUGUGAAGUUCAAUAAAGGGAAGUGCAGUAAGAGGAGGUGCGCCUGUAAAGGGAAACCUCACUAACAUGGAGUCGGGAGGCCAGAAUAGGGAGCUGUCAUGCACAUAUCACUCAACAUCAAUACAAAUGCCAACAGGAAGAGAUGUACCUUGCAUCUCGGGCAGGAAGUGACACCACUACUGCCAGCAGGAGGAAGGGAGAAUUUCUCCUUGCCUGGCAAUAGCUCAGUGUCAGACUGUCACAACUCAGCUACUGAAAGGCCACUAUACUUCAAACCCCAGUUUACUCCAUUGGACUUUUUAUUUAUAGUAGCCCUUUCCAACGUCCCCUUCUGCUCUAUAAAAUUUCUUCUCCUUUGCUUUACCAGACUUGCAUGUGGUUCACCAUAGUUACAUGUCCUGAAUUACAAUUCUUUGCUGCUCCUGAAUAAGCCCUUCUUGUUGGUAAAAUAACUGGCUGUCUUAUUCCUUUAGGUUAGCAGUUAGCACCCCCGAAAUGAAGUAAUUAGGUAUAAGUUUAACAAGCUGUAUAUUUGAUCUAUGUAUCAAAACUCUGAUGAAAGUUACCGAAGAACAACUAAAUAAAUAGAGAUUCUGUGUUCAUGGAUCAGAAGACUCAGUGUUGUCAAGAGGUCAGUUCUUCCCAACUUGAUCUACAGAUUCAGUGCAUUCCCAGCAAGUUAGUUUUUGGACAUUGACAGACUGAUUCUGAAGUUUAUGUGGAGAGGCAAAAGACCCAGAAUAGCCACUCAAUAUUAAAAGAGAAGGACACAGUUGGAGGACUGACACCACCCAACUUCAAGACUAUAGUAAGGCUGCAGUAAUCAAGACAGCAUGGUAUUGGUGAAAGAAUAGACAAAUAGAUCAAUAUAAUAGAGGGCAAAGAAAUACACCCGCAAAAAUAUAGUCAACUAAUCUUUGAAAAAGGAGCAAAAGAAAUACAAUGGAAGAAAGAUAGUCUUUUCAACAAAUGGUGCAGGAAAAACUGGACAUCCACUUGCAAAAAAAAGAACCUAGAUGCACAGACCUUACAUCUUACACAAGAAUUAACUCAAAAUGGAUCAUAGAUCUAAACGUAAAAUUCAAAACUAUAAAACUCCUAGGAAGUAACAGUAGACAAAUGAUCUUGGGUAUGGUGAUGACUUUUUAGGUACAACAUCAAAGGCAUGAUACAUGAAAGAAGUAAUUGAUAAGCUAGACUUCAUUAAAAAUUUCUGCUCUGUGGAAGCCAUAGACUGGGAGAAAAUAUUUGCAAAAGAUACAUCUGAUAAAGGACCGUUAUCCAGAAUACACAACAAAACAAAACCCUCUUAAAACUCAGCAAUCACAAAAUGAACAACCUGAUUCAAAAUGGGCAAAAGACAUAACAGCUCACCAGAGAAGAGAUUCAGAUGGCAAAUAAGCAUAUGAAAAGAUACUCAACAUCAUAUGUCAUUAGGGAAAUGCAAAUUUAAAACAACAACUAGAUAUCACUAACACACCUAUUAGAAUGACCAAAAUGCAGAACGCUGACAACACCAAAUGCUGUGAGGCUGUGGAGCAACGGGAACUCUCACUCAUCGCCGGUGGGAACGCACAACGGUGCAGCCACUUUGGAAGACAGUGUGGCAGCUUUUUACAAAACAAAACAGACUCUUACCGUAUGACCCAGCAAUCAUACUCCUUAGUAUUCACCCAAAUGAAGUGAAAAUUUAUAUCCAUACAAAGUCCUACACAGGGAUGUUUAUAACAGCUUUAUUUAUAAUUGCCAGAACUUAGCAACUAAGAUGACCUUCAGUAGGCGAAUGGAUAAAUAGCUGUUGGUUCAUUCACACAGUGGAAUAUUGUUCAGCACUGAAAGGAAGUGAGCCAUCAAGUUAAAAAAAAGACGGGGGAACCCUAAGUACAUAAUAGUAAGUGAAAGAAGCCAGUCUGAAAAGGCUACAGACUGAAUGAUUCCAACUAUUCACGACAUUCUGGAAAAGGCAAAACUAUGCAGACAGUAGAAAGAUCAGUGGUUGCCAGGGGUUAAGGGGAGACGGAGGGAUGAACAGGCAGAGCACAGAGGAUGUUUAGGGCAAUGAAACAAUUCUGUAUGAUACUAUAAUGGUGGAUACGUGUCAUUAUACAUUUGUCAAAGCCCAUAGAAGGUACAGCACCAAGAGUGAGUCCUGAUGUAAACUGUGGGCUUUGGGUGAUAAUGAUGUGUCAGUGUAGGUUCAUUGAUCAUAUUCUAUGGUUCAGGAUGCCAGUAGUGGGCGAGGUUUUGUGUGUGGAGUCAAGAGGUUCUAUGGGAACUCUGUACUUUCCACUCAGUUUUUCUAUGAACCUGAAACUGCUCCUAAAAAAGUAAAGUUUAGGGCUUCCCUGGUGGCGCAGUGGUUGAGAGUCCGCCUGCCGAUGCAGGGGACACG